AAAUUCCCACCCCUUCUGGGCACCCCGGUGAAAAUCUGGCAGUACCAUCCCAGCCGCGCGCCGGCCGUCGCGUCCCUCCCGCCGACACACGCCAAAAUCCUGGCGGACGAAACGGUCAAUCAAACGAUGACAAUACUAAUUACUAAAUAAUCAAACCUAAAUUAAAAUUAAUCUAAGUAUUUAAAUACAACCAGUCUGGUUCGACAAUAAUAGUAAAUAAGUAUAAAACCUAAAAAAAAAAACUAAAAAUGUAUUUGCACGAAUGUGUAUCAGUGAAAGGCUAUACCGGUAUAUUUGCCGAAAUGUGACGUAACGGUGAUAUAGUGAGUUUGAACUUUACAAGUGAAAGUUGUGCGUCUAUCGGGCCAGUUUAGUAUACAACACGCGCUGGCUGAACGCGAGCGUACCUUUGCCGAGCAAAACAACUAUUUAAAAGUUUAUAAAAAAAUCUGUGCAAAUUUUCCCGCGCGCGAACUGUCAAAGAAAACCAUAGACAGUCCAGUGUCUACCAAGUGCAAAAACUGCGUUCACAAAAAAAUAUCAAUCGUAAAUUUUGGAAAAAGUUUGAUGUGCAAAUGUGAGUGGUGAAGUUUUCAGCAAUUUGGAAGGCUGUAUUAUAUAUAAUCGUGUCGGGUCGGCUCGCCGCCCCCACCGCUCGUCCAAUGACGCGCCGGGUGACGCCCCCGGGGCUGGCUGCCUGCGUGUUGCUCCUAGCCGGCCUGGCCUCCGGGAAGCACCCUCAGCCCUACUACGGGCGGCUCAUCGGCCGUCUAUCCAACUACGCGCACGGCAUCAAGGGAACAGUCUACGCGGUGGACGAGGCCACGGUGUUCGUGCGAGGGUUCGCGUACGACGGCACCGGCCCUGACGCCUACUUCUGGGUGGGGGACUCCCCGCAGCCCUCGCCUGAGGGGCUGCUGGUGCCGUACCCUGAUGAUUAUAGCAGCAGGGAGCCGCCGAUCCUGCAGGCGCACAGCGGCACGGACAUCCUGCUGCGGCUGCCGGCCGGGAAGCGACUCCGGGACAUCAAGUGGCUCAGCGUGUGGUGUCGGCGGUUCACUGUGAAUUUCGGCGACGUGUUCAUCCCGGCCGGCCUGGACCCGCCCCGGCCGCGGGUGCUCCCUGAGUUCAAGCGCCUGGCGCACGGCCUGCGCUCCGGGAACAUCAGCGUACUGGAUGCCAAGACCUUCUACAUACCCAACCUGCACUAUGAUGGAGCCGGGCCGGAUGCCUACUUCUGGGUCGGGAAUGGAAGUGAGCCUAAUCCUUUUGGGACUAAGGUACCAAACGAGAUGGGUUCCCUCCACCCGCUCCGAGGCUACCAGGGCGAGGACAUCGAGAUCCAGCUGCCGGAGCGGCUCACAGUCUACGCGGUGGACUGGCUCGCCGUCUGGUGCGUGGAGUACCGGCACAACUUCGGGCACGUCAUGUUGCCGAAGGACCUGGACGUGCCGCCGGCGUUGGGGCAGACUAAGAUUACUCCGGCAUGGUGGUAUAACCCCACAAGCUCCACCACGUCUCAGACUCCCUUUAGCGCCACCAAUAAUUGCAAGGAAAUGUUGGACAAGCGACUGCAGGUGCGCUGGGAGAUACAGGGCGACCACGUCCAGAUCUCGCUCUCGGCGCGACUGCGCAAGGAACAGUACAUGGCAUUCGGCGUCUCCGGGGCUGUGGGCAGAGCCGCCAUGUUGGGAGCCGACGUGGUGGUUGCUUAUUGGGAUAACAGGACCAACCAGCCCCGGGUCUCCGACUACACGAUCACGCACCUAGCGCAGUGCGACGGCGAGCGCGGCGUGUGCCCCGACGCGCGCCUCGGCGGCAGCGACGACGCCAAGCUAGUGUCCGGCCAAAACAAGAACGGUAUCGUCACCAUCACAUACAAGCGUCCUCUCUCGGCCACAGAGCCGCUGAAAGACAAGGAGGUCCUGUCGUCCAGGUCUCAGUCAGUGAUAGCUGCCUUUGGACCCCUCAACUCCAAGUAUGAGGCUAAUGCGCAUUCCUUCAUGGACACUACGAGGGAUGACGUGCAACUUGACUUUGGGGCUAUGAACGACAACACGUGCGUGGGUCUAGCGGAGUCGGCCGGGGCGGGCCCGGCGCCGUGGCCUCCUCGUGUCGUGUCCGGGGCCACCUCGCUCACGGCCCGCAUCGGCCCGGCCGGCGGCGCGCGCGGGUACACGCCCAUCACUGACAAUGAUAUUUCAAAUGGAUUAGUUCCUUACGGCCACCCGUCGUGGGGCAUCGCGUGGUACAUCAACGACCAGCUGAUCCCCGAGGUGUACGUGGAGAGGGGGAAGACGUACACCUUCCUGGUGGAGGGGGGCGAUGACCGGACUAACCCCGCCAAGUUCCACCCGUUCUACAUCAGCGACUCCCCCGAGGGCGGGUUCGGGCAGAAGCGCGAGGAAGAGCAGCGCAAGCAGCGCGUGUUCGCCGGCGUGGCCUACGACAACGAGGGGUACCCGUAUCCUACUGCUGUGGGCCGCUACUGCGAGUGGACGCACAAGACGACGGACCAGUCGGCGGUGUCGGAGACGUUCGAGGACUACAUGAAGACGCUGCAGCUGGAGUGCAACGAGGGCGAGCCGGCCGCGCUCAACUGGACCGUCGCCAGCGCCACGCCCGACCUCGUCUACUAUCAGUGUUACACGCACAACAACCUGGGAUGGAAGAUCCACGUGGUGGACCCUGGCGCGCAGGUGCCGCGGCCGGGCGACCAGCGCGCCCGCCUCAACGUCGCGCCCGCGCCGCCAUUACUCGCGCCUGUCACUGUUGCCGUGACAGCUGUCAUCGCCGCGCUCAGAUAAGGAUGCGUGCAAGAUAAGCAUCGAUUGCUCACCUACUUUCAUCGAUUUUUUCAGCCUAACUAUAAAUGUACCAUUUUCUGAAUUUUAUGAUCGUUACUAAGUAUGUACUUAUCUAUUUAUAUCAAAGUGAUUUUUAAGAAAUUGAAAUGAAAAGAUUGUUGGCCGCUUUUACGUGGUGAUUCAGUGAUAAUAAUGAAAGGUAUGACAAUAAUAAAUAUUACCUAUCUCUAUAUGUAUAAUGGUAUGCUCCGCUGUUUGAGAAAGCUUGUUGCUUGUGAAAGCUCGUUUGAGCUUUUUAUAAUGAAUAUUGUUUGUGAUAGUGAUAAAAAUUGUUGGAAGUUAGCGGAGCUUACUAUAUAUGGUAAAUGAUAUACAGGUGGUUCACGUUUUUGUACUAAUAUCACAAAUGUCAAUCUUUAUAUAUCAAUUCCAUAUCAAUAUUUAAAAAUAGCAUUUCGAUGCAUGAUCUAUCUUAUACAGAUUAGCACAUUUACUGAGUAUUUGAUAAAAUGUAGUUUAAUUAUAAAAUUAUUACUAUUUACACUACUAAGAGUUAAGCUUCGUAAAUACUAAAUCAAUAAAGCCACAAUGGAAAUAUUGACAAUAAUGAAUGACAAUUUUAAAUAUUUAAGUACUUAAGUUUAUAAUAAAUAGAUAAUUAUGUAAGAAUAUAACAUUAUCGUUAUAAAUUACUUUGUACGUCCUGUCGAGUGACAAAAAUAAUUUGUACUAUAUUUUAUAUCUAAGUAUUCAAUUUUAAACGCAACACAAAUAUACAUAAUAUAAAAUAAGCUUUGAGAAGAAAAUAUCCAGUCUUUAUUAGUAUUGGGGGUAUUUUUUUUGUCUUUUAAUUUAAAGGGAAGAAAUCUAAAAACGAAAGGGUUCACCUUCAUUUUCAAAAUGUACAAAAUAAAAACUGUU